CCUUUACUCCAUUGGAUUGAGCCUCUGUCAGUCGGUUUGCCUCACGCGUAACACAGUCCGCCUCUCCGGCUCUCUGUCUGCUGAGACCGCCGUCAUAUUGGCUGCUAGAAGCAGCGGCGAUCGAGGCAGAAAAGAAGACCCCCGCUAUGACGAAGAACGGGUUUUCGCGGCACCAGAAUAAUAAUAUAUAUUUUUAAACACAUUUGAUUAGUAUUUAAUGAAUUUCUUUUAAAAUAUCGGGAUGAUACCGUCAAGUUUACGCGUACCUUCAGUGCUUUCAUCCGACACCGUGGUCCGCAAGGGGGAUGUAUGCCUGACUUCUCUUAAUAGCCAUUUUUUGCAGACAAAGAGAGCUGUUGAAUAGGGCUUUCAAACGGCACACGGGUCCGAGGGGCUCCUAUUGAUGAAAAAAGUGGGCAACAUGUGGAGCAACCUAAAGAGUAGAUGCCAGACACUCUUUCAAAACAACAGCUCAGGACCCAGUGAGAGCAGGGUGGAGGCCGAUGGCGUCCACUGUGUGGUGGAGCUUGGCCAGGGAGGCAGCUCAGGUGAGGCGGAGGCAUCAGGAUCCUCCAGCCCAUCCCGGAGCCUCCUGCCAGUGCCGAUGGUCACAGCAGGACGGCGCCAUCACAACUGUGUGUCGGACAUCCCUCAGAUAGUAGAGAUUACAAUUGACAAGGACACUGAAGAUGUGCGGGGGGGAUCGGGUGGUGUUCCCCUGGCCCGAAGAGACUCAUAUUCCCGUCAUGCUCCAUGGGGUGGCAAGAAAAAACACUCAUGUUCCACCAAAACCCAGAGCUCUCUGGAGACAGAUAGGCGGUCCGGGCGCCUGCGGGGGAGCGGGAGCCGCAGGGACCGGCGCUAUGGGGUCAGCUCCAUCCAGGAGAUGAGUGACUCUGUAUCCGGAGGACGGAGUCUGAACGCCCGCUCUCUGCGGCAGCGGCUCAGUGACACCGUCGGGCUAUGCUUACCCCUGCCCGCUCGCAGACGCCCCCGCUCAUCUAAGAACCCUGUCGCCUCCAAACGGAAGAUCCACCUGACUGAACUCAUGCUGGAGACCUGCCCCUUCCCACCGGGCUCCGACCUGGCUCACAAGUGGCACUUGAUCAAGCAGCACACAGCACCGGUCAGCCCGCAUUCCUCCACAGCCCUGCUGGAUGCCUUUGACCCAGCCCACCCAUCCCCCGAGGACGAGGAGGAACGCCUGCGCGAGCGCCGAAGACUUAGCAUCGAGGAAGGUGUGGACCCUCCACCUAAUGCACAGAUCCACACCCUGGAGGCCUCAGUGCCGGGCUCCUCUCUCUACAAACUGGGACCAAAGAUGGCUCCUUGCACCGGAGAGGCCUCUGGGGAGGGCCGGGCGUCAGGGGCUGGCAGCUCUACGAGCGCCGCAUCAUCGGGGGCCUGUGCACAGGUAUUGGGGGCUGUGGCGUCGGCCCAGGACUGUGACUCAGAGGAGGACUCCACCACCCUCUGUCUGCAAGCCAGGAGGCCCAAGCAGAGGCACGCCUCUGGGGACGGGCACCUCAGCCGGCAGCAACCCGGGCCCUGGAAGGUUCACACUCAGAUAGACUAUAUCCACUGCCUGGUGCCGGACCUGCUGCAGAUCACCGCUCUGCCCUGCUACUGGGGCGUGAUGGACCGCUACGAGGCUGAGGCGCUGCUGGACGGACGGCCAGAGGGCACCUUCCUGCUGCGAGACUCCGCCCAGGAGGACUACCUCUUCUCCGUUAGCUUCCGCCGUUACAACCGCUCCCUGCACGCCCGCAUCGAGCAGUGGAACCACAACUUCAGCUUCGACGCGCACGACCCUUGUGUUUUCCACUCUUCCACCGUCACAGGACUGCUGGAGCACUACAAGGAUCCCAGUGCCUGCAUGUUUUUCGAACCGCUGCUUACAGCGCCUCUCCAUCGGACCUUUCCCUUCGGCCUGCAGCACCUGGCACGAGCCGCCAUCUGCCGCUGGACCACUUACGAUGGUAUAGGCUCUCUGCCGCUGCCCCCUGCCCUGCAGGACUUUCUCAAGGAGUAUCACUAUAAACAGAAAGUACGAGUUCGCUGGCUGGAGAGGGAACCGCCACUCAAGGUCAAAUAGGGUGGGCUUCUCCAUUGCCUGUACACACACUGCAGGAGGAUUACAGAACUGAAGAAAUUCCUCAUCAGCCAAUGAGAGGCUCUAUUAACAUGGCUCUCUGGUGAGGGAUGGGAUUUAAAUGUAACAAGCUAUACAAGAUUCAUUCUAAUCUUUGUUUUAGUUAUUACUUACAUCACAGAAAAUACAUAUGAUUAUAUUCAGUAUAACGCUGUCUGGCAAGCACAUGUUUUUGUGUUGAACAGGUUGUUUUGACAGGGAGGGAAGGCACAAAUAUCAGUGCUUUGUGUCUUUGCUCUCCUGCUUUGUGCUAAAUGUCUGCCUGAUCCCACACCAUCACCCUGCCUGUAGACCUGCCUGCAUGCCUCCCUUACUCAUCGCAAUUUGCUAUUUAGGCCCACAUGGCUACAUUGUACAGUUCACUUUGUGAUUUCUCAAUUUUUUUUUCUUUCCUUAGCUUGUCUAAAAGCACCUAGCGGAGCACCUUCCCGACAGGGUUUUAAGGUGUGUGUGGGUUGAGAGGGCAUCUAGAGAUGUGUUUGAUUUAUUGGAGUUAGAGCUUGCCCCAUGGAUGGAGCUUCGUAAGGCACAUUCUUUGCCAUCUCUUUGCACGCAUUGAUCUUCAGCUAAGCCAGGGACAGAUUCUCAGAGGGUCCAUGAGUUCAGGACAGCACAUCAGGGAUAUGAAGUGCUUUUAAGUACUACAGAUAAGUCCUUUUGGAAAACAGUACUUCCUCCUUAGGCAGUAAAAAUAAAUGAUGAAUCCGUUAACUGUGUCCUCUGUAUUCAGCAAGCUGAACUUGUCAACUUUAUUCCCACUGUGGAGCAUUGCUUUCAAAACUAAAUAUCUUCUCCCAUCAGUCCCUUUUUAAACAAUUACCAGUGUUACAGUUGUCACAUCAGUGUGUUCUUCAUUAGCCACAGAUGCUUUUCGCUCUGUGCGCACAGUUCAUUUCAUCUUUUGUGAAAUCAAGCUCUUUGACACUUGUAACGUUGUUGCUUUGAACCUUUGUUAGCGUAACGAAUACCAACUGAUCUUCGCAGGAAUUGAAAGCACGUGUGAUGAGCUGUAAGUGAGACAAAGAGAUGGAAAGGGUUGAUUUGAAAACAUGGAUGAACUGAUCUGCUCAGGCUCGCCUGGAAUACGCUGUCUCAUGAGAGGACACCAUAUUGUCAUAACCUGCGGAGAACUUAACAAGAAUCUGCUUGUUGAAAUUGUUAACUCCCACGAUUUGGUUGUUUUACAUUUUCCUCCUUAAUUUAUAUUUUGUGUAUGAAACCAUGUGAAAUAGUGUUUUUAUGAAGAGCAGUGCAUCCCUAACAGGAAAGAGGUGCUGUAGCCUUUAGGACUUAAUGUCCCCUACUUUACAACCUUAAUAAUAUAUAAGGUUUAGACACUAACAAAUCCCCUCGAUGCCCAAUGGCAUUUUAGUCAUAGCUAUAGCACUAAAGGCUAUCACUGACUCUGGAGAGGUUGGCAUUACUCCUCGAGCUUUAGUUACGUAAUCUGAAUGAUUUUAGUUGUUACUUGGGACAAAAACACUGCUGCUGGCAAUUUCCGUUUGGUUCUCAUUUGGAGGAGAGAAUAAGUGUACCCUAUGUGCCUUUUUGAGAACCCUUUAUCUUAUUCCAUAAUCAGUUGCUUUGCAGUCCAACCUGCAACAGGAGGGACUGAAGAGAACAACGAUGAAAAGGUGCAUGAGCUCCAAGCUCACUAACUUAUGGUGCACGUUAAAGUUUUUGAUAACAUUUCAGCGGUGCUAUGUUGGAUAAGCUAUGACGGAUUAUUGAAUCGAUAACUUGUACAUUAGUUUAAUGUGUUUUCACUCGCUAAUGCAUGCAUUAUUCUCCCAGUCAGGGUAGUAUUAGGUUGUUAGUGGGUCCAAUGCCAGCCCUAAUGUAGCAUAUUGAAAGAUAUUAUUGAUGCUGUAAUCUGCAACACCUGGACAUACAGAUCAGAAAAGUUUUGUUCCAACCUCUUAUGAAAGUGCCCAAUUAAGCAGUCAGGAAUUAGAUAUAAACUAAUUAUUGAGAAAUAGUGUUUUUAACUCUUGUAAUAGCAGUACACAUCACUUAGGCUAAAAACAAACUGAAUAAGUCUACCUUUUAGGAUUUUGCACAUGACUUUGGGUGAAAACCAGCAGAGUAAUAAUAAUUACCAUAAUGCCACAAGGUGAUGUGUAUAAACUACAAUAUUAAAGCUCAAACGCACAUAGAAAUCGGUUCUCAAACUAAUUCAUUUUUUAGUUUGUGUGUGUAUCAGCCCAUGUUUUAAAGAAUUGUAGUUCUCAUCAGUGAGGAUGAAUCACGAACAAAUGUUUCCCAUGGAUAUCUGAGCCUGUGACCAAAGCUCUUGCCACACAGCUAUGUGUAAUAACUUGUUGUAUUUCAAACCAGUGAAAGCUAGCUCAACUCUACAGUAUGUUCGACAGCUUUGAUUUAUUCAGAACCUGGCCCUUUCGAGCCCACACCUACACACAGAAAGGAAGACCGAAAAAGAAAAACCUCCGCCAAACCAUUAAGGUGUUUUCACUCGUUAAUCAGGCAGGAAACGAGACACUUUUAUGCAGGUGCUAAAAGAUAAUUGCUGCAGUUUAACAUUUCUCAUAUCUCCCUAACCCAUCUGAAUGUUCUCUGCUGCAUUGUGAACAUUUCUUCACAUAAAAGUCCCAAUCAUUUUCCGUUGCCCCGCACUUUGUUCUCAGAAAGCUUGAAUAUGGCCUGUGUGUAUGUGUUAGGAGUGGCAGGAGUGUGUGUUGAGCAGAGGAGGGGAAUAAGGUUGACAUUUGCUUGUAUGUGCACUUUCUGGAUUUUUUUUUUAUAUAGCAUCCACACUGUCGAGUAGAAGAAAUGAAAACCCUCACACAUUAGCUCACUGUCACCUGCCCAUCAUGCUACUGAAAAGCAAUAACAUCCUUUAAAGUGACCCGCCCCACUCGCAGGCACUAAUCACAGGCUCAUUUUACCACGUUAAAUUCACCGGGUACUAAAAGGGCCACUCUGUGUUGCCUUAUGGCUGCUGCGUGGCGGAGGGAGGCCUUUUUUUAUUUUGAUUAUUCUAUCCAACUGCUCCCCCUCCAUCGCUGCUGAUGUGGAGGGGGUGUAGAGGGAACUAAGACGUGUUAGUCCCACCCUCUACUCUCUAUCAGACCCCAUGUUAAAAUUAAGGAGGCCGAAAGAUGGCUUCCUGUCGUGGCUCACGGUGAAGGCUAGGGAUUCACUGAAGUAAAUAGCACUUUAAUCGUGUAUUUGUGUUCUACAGUGCAGUCUGGAAACGUGCGGACGUUGACAAGAUUUCAUUGCAUUUGCUCUUUACUCCGGCAUAUUGGACCUAAAAUAAAAAGGUUGUCUUUAGUGACAACUUUUUCUCAUCUAUAUUGGUGUAUAAAUGUUCCUUUUUCAGAGACUUAUCAAACUUCAUCAUAUUUAGUGUUUCUCUGCUAUGGUGGUGUUCUGCCAAUUAGGACUGAAAUAUUAUUUUAGCUGUUAUUGGAUUAAUGCAUCCAAGAUUAUUUUAAGCCAUGAAUUCUUCACCAAUAUGCUGCACUAAAGAGCCAGAACUGAAACUUUCUCACCGUCCACAUCUCUCAUGGACAGCACUGUCCGUGUUUUAGCUGAAAUGGCGAGACUUGUGUGAGUGUUAAGCAAGGAGCCGGUGGUCCUGAGAUAUUUCACUUUAUAUUCAGGCUUUGUGGCGACAGUGUUCUUCACCAUGCUGCAGACUCGGUGUUGUGUGGGAGUGUAUCAGUGUAACGGACAGAGCCACACGGAGGGUCCAGUGGAGGGAGGACGCAGAGUGGACUGUGAGGGGUGAUGACAGUGACUCCUAUGAACAAUGCCUCUCUGCUCUGCUCCCAAACACCCCCCCCAACCCCUUUAUUCUCAGGCAGGCCCAUUGCAAGGAGAGUCCCAGGACCCUCUCAACCCAGUUUUCCCCAUGGGAAAUAUCUGAAAUGAACCGUAGCACAUGUUUGCCAUAUAACCCGUAGAUUUAGCAGGAGAAAAAAACCCAUUGUAUGUAUGAUGAAUGAUGGAGUAAUCUAAUAGGUUGGAGAGACGUUUUAAUCUUCUGUGGUGCAUUAACUGUCUGGAACACAAAAUAUUUGCACACACUAUCACUUCCUCUGACACCUGCACCACCCCAGGUAUAGAGUGCUGUAGGGAGGACGUUUUCUGUUAGCCAAACCCGGAAGCAUCACAGGCUCCCUCGACAAAAAGCAAUGACAUACACACGUUUAUGAUACUUGCACGCUUUGUUCAGCAGGUUAAUCUCUACAUAUGAACAAGACUUGUUUUGUAUUUGAAGUAUACAUUCAAUCCCAAUAAUUAAAUAGCUGGCCUAAGGCUAUAAAGACACUAUGGCUGGAUAUUUGAGCGUGUCACCACCGCUAAGCUUGUGUUCACAAGUGGGCUCUUUUCUGACGUAUUUCACUGACGCCAUCGAACACAGCGUGCAAAUCUCUUAAACUUGUAUUAACUACAGACUUGUUUGAGGUGAGGGAAUCCGAACGUGCUGAAAUGCUAACCCAUUUCCGGGUUUGAGGACAAAAUCCUGCACCACUCUAUCCACACCCUCCCACCACCCAACCCCCUAAAGCCAGAGAUGUGUAAAACAUGGACCACAUUUAGCCAGCACCACCUUUCUGUGUUACUCCCCCCCCCCCCCACCACCACCACCCCAAAAAGGGAGAGCAAAGAUAGGUGUUUACGUGUAUAUUCUGUGUUCUUGAAGAAAAAAGAUAAGAUGCCGUGAACUAUUUCGACCUUAUAUUGUCAUUAGUAUGACACUAUUUAGCUGCACUAUGCGAGCCUCGAUUGUGGCGAGAAACCACUGGGUCUGGAUUUGAGACGCUAGCUGUCCCACUAAACUACAGCAACACCCCCCCGCAUGAAGGACUCCUUACCAACCCACCCCCCACCACCACCUCGGUACGACUCAUGGUUUCAGCUCUUAGAGGACAAACAAAAAAAGGAAGAUAUUUUAAACAUUUGUUCUUUCAUGUUCCCAUAUAUAUUUUAGAAAGCUGGGUUAAGUGCUAUAUGCAAACAGAAAAAAGAUGUAUGAAAGAACUAUUAUUUUUCAUUAUUACUUCUCCCUAAUAUGCAAUGGAGUGUAGUGUAACAAUGGUUGCAAUCCUCUGUCACUUUAAUGCUGUACGUGCACAUUGGUUGCUGUGUGGAUGUGGGUGCCGAGGCAACAGGACUUGACAAUGAUGGGAACUAAUGGUUGUCACUCCGCAACACCGCCGUGUUCCCAGACUGCCUUAUUCGUUCUGACCAAUCACAAGGGCCCUCCUUUAAAGUCCCGGGCCGCAGCCACUGCCACAGGCCGAGCAGGCUGUCGUCAGACGAAUAUCGCCGUUCCAUUCUUUUUCUUCUGCUUUUCCUCGCUUUCUUUUCUUUCCUUUAUUUCUUUUUUUCUGCUGUCAGGUAGGAUUUGGAGCGUGUAAAUGGCAUAAUCAUGUUUCACAUUUCACUGUCUGUUCCGUGUAUCUGCUUCACCAUUCAAAGAGAAAAAAAUACAGUUGUUUUCCAGUAUAACCUGUUCAUUUUAAAGAGCCGUAUGAUGCGACACUUGUAGCUGUCACUCUUGGUGCUUGGCUUACGCUUCAUUGUCUUAAUAUUCCAAAUAAAACUGUUAAGUGUAAUCCACACUGGCCCAUGAUAUAA